ACCACCACCACCACCACCGACCACAACCUGAACAAUAACAAAAACCAGCAGACUUGUCAUUACAGCAGUCAUUUACUGCAGAACACUUUGAAAAACAUCAUUUAAGAAUGUCACAGUAAAGCUACUCUAUCCAUGACCUUCACCACAGAACUACAAUAACAACAACAUCAACAAACCAGACUGAAAUAUCGACUAACAACUGUUAAGAGUCGGAGAAAACGCGGAGAUACGGAAAAUUUAUUGAGAAAUUGGAGUAAAUUAGAGAAGAGUGACGGUGAGAGAGAAAAGAAGGUAUGGAGAGAGAGAUGUCUGCUAAAUCGGGAAGUUACACUCUACCAAACGAAGAUGGCAAAACGAUAAGAGAAUGUCCGCAGACUUCAAAAACGCAACUGCUGUCCACAGAUUUCAGUCCAGCAGAAAAUGGGAAUGAUAAAUAUGUAAACAAAGGUUUUGAAGAAGAUCCACCCCCGCUAAAUUGUGAUGUAAACAACAGCAUCAAUACAAACGACAGAUCAUGUUCAAACGUUGAAGAUUUUGUUGCUGAAUGUGGCAUAUCAAGUUGUAAACCUCAAAUAUUGCAGAUUUGUGCUAACUUGUCCUGUUUUACAGCAACCUACAGCUUUGCCGCUUUACUAACACAAACACUCAGUGUUUAUCUCACAUCUCAGAUCACAUCAAUAGAGAAGCAAUUUGGGUUUAAUAGUUCCCAAAUAGGGAUUAUACUGAGUGGCAAUGACAUUGGUUUCCUCACUACAGUACUUUUCGUCAGUCAUUUUGCCAGGCGAACUCACAUUCCCAGAUUUCUUGGUGCUUCCACAUUUCUCUUUGGAUUGUCUGGUUUAGUUUGUUGUUUCAUAUAUUUCGUCAACCAUAAACCUCGAAUGGUAAGCGAAGGGAUGGUCAGUUUGUCUAACCACACAGCCAACAUCAAUGAGAUCGCCGUGUGUAAUUCUACCACAGAAACUAACGAUAUGUCAUCGAACUGUUUAAGUGAAAAUGCCAACCAAUAUGCCAGCCAAACUGAGAAGGCUUUCAUCGUGUUCAUGGUCGGAAUGGUGAUACAAGGUGUUGCCAAGUCACCUCGCACUUCACUAAUCACAGCGUUUGUUGACAACAAUGUCAAGGACAAGUCGAAAACCGCACUGUUCAUGGGUUUCAUUGUGACUAUGGGAAUAUUCGGACCUUCAAUGGCGUUCCUGCUUGGAGGAGUUUUUAGUAGACUUCCAGUGGAUUUGAAAGAUAUUGGUUUGACCCCCAAAGAUCCCCGUUGGAUUGGUGCCUGGUGGCUGGGAUUCGUCGUUUUCGGCAUCGGUUCCCUCAUUUUCAGCAUUCCCAUAUUCUUCUUCCCAAGAAACUUCCGAAAACAAACCAUUGAAUACCACGAUGACAAGGGCCUGAUGUGUAAAGUGAAAGCUUUUCCCAAGUCACUCUGUCGUUUGACGAGAUCACCUGUCUACGUUCUGUCUCUCUUGGCUGUGUGUGUACUGCUGUUUGGAAUAUCAGGUUCUCUUACCUUUACACCAAAAUAUAUUGAACAUCAAUUUACUACACCUGCAUGGAAGACAAACGUUAUACUUGGCAUUGAAAAAGUUCUCGGAGCUUCUACUGGAACUCUGCUUGGAGGAAUUUUUACUUCGAAGAUGAAACUCUCCCGACAGGGUUGUCUGAAACUGAAAAUAGCGAUUACUUUUCUGUCAGCUGGAAUGGAAGGAUUAAGUUUCAUCUUUGGGUGUCCCAGGAUAAAAAUUAAUAAUAUUGCCGCCUCCAACCAGCACUUUAUUUUUCCAAAUGCUACUGCUAAGGAACAAUGUGGAAUGUCUUGUAAUUGUACAGAAGAAUAUUUCCCUAUUUGUGGCUCUGAUGGCGAGAAUUAUUUCUCCCCUUGCACUGCUGGAUGUUCUGCUGUAAACAACACCAUAUAUUCCUCGUGUGAAUGUAUUGGUCACAACGGCACGGCCUCGUCCGGUCUCUGUGAUACAGACUGUCCUUACCUCUAUCCAUAUGUCGGAGUGGACCUCUUGAAAUCAUUUACAGGUACCUUUUCAAUUGUCCCUGGAUAUUUGAUAUUACUCAGAUCUGUGUUUGAAGAAGAUAAAGCUAUUGCUAUAGGACUGAUGUCCUUCUCAACAUCAUUUAUAGGUUGGAUGUCCGGACCCAUAGCUUUUGGUUUGCUGCUGGAUUUGUCCUGCACACACUGGGCCUGGACAUGCGGCGUCAGAAGUGAAUGUCAAUUGUAUGAUAUUGAAGAUAUGAGAUUAAAGAUUCACGGCACGCUUUUAUCAGUGCGUCUGCUUUGUGGAAUUAUAUUAGUUGUUGCUUUAAUAGUCGCGUUUUUUGAAGAAAAAAGUGGCAAAACUUGGGAUAGCAACGAAUCUCAUCAUUCGGAAAUAGAACCGAAAUUGUCCUCCAAUACAACAUCAUCGAACACUGAACGGAAUUUUCUGUCCGUUGAAGGAAGAUUGUGUCAGGUUCCUGCCGUUAAUGCCUCCCAAAUCACGGAUAGUACAUCCGAGAAUGAAGAAACAGAAAAAAAUAUCAACUGUAGGCCGUCUGAUGUUUACCAACCGAAAAGCACUCAUUUCUAACUUUUAUAAAUAUAAUAAAAUCUCCAGAAAAUCCAAUGAUGUAUUUAUAAACCAAGUUUUUAUAGGAACGAAGAUGAGAAUGACACUCAUCCAAUUAAUUAAUUUGCUUUAUUCCAAAACAAAGUAUUGUUAAUAAAGUCGUUCAUAUUAAGACCAUUAUACAUUCCUCAAAGAGUCAGCUGAUGGCGACAUUGUAGUCUUAAUGAGACUUAUUUGCUGAAAUCAUUCUUUGUUUUGAUUCUUGUUAAUGUGAAACGUAAAUAUAUUUAACAUUCCAUAAUUAUUAUUGUUGUUUCAUAUAUAAAACCUGUUAUAUGAGAUUCGCGAAAUAAUAAACGUAAAGGGACAAUGAAAUGUACCGAAUUCCUCAUCCUUCUUCCAAGAAUGUAUUAUUAUUAAAGGUGAACAGAGCGGAAUUAAUGUAAAUAUUUCAAUCGUUACUCCUAGCUCCACGGAUAAAUAUCAAUCUUUCUCCUUUGUUAAUUCAUUUGUCUAUCACUGAAAUGUAACUGAAAGGUAAAGUAUUAUGAAUUAUUGGCUAUCAUCGACCAUAGUUUCGAUGAUAACCGAAGUUGAAACAAAAAUCAUUACAUUGUCAGCGAAACGAGCACCAGAUGUUUGGAAUGGCCAAGAAAUCUAGGAUCAUCCUUCGGACACCCGAAGCAUAGAAAUUCUCAAAGGCUACAUACUUUCGGCCGACAUAUGGUAUUAUGACAAUCAGGAAAAAAAUGAGGCUGGGAGAAGAUGGAGAGAAGUAGUCGACAGCAUUCAGAAUAAUGAGGCGAAAAAGCAUUAGACUUGAAAAAAUAAAUGCAUGACGUUUCAAAACCCUCUUAAAGAGGUGACCAUGUUCUGGAAACCUGGGCCUCACGACAGUCUGAACUGGUAUCUAAAAUUUUAUAAAAAGACUAAACAAGAUGAAACAAAAAGGAGGGAAAAGUUGCAGUGUCUGAAGAGCGGAUUAUAUUGUGGUAAGAUUAUAAAAGGAAGCCUCUCACUUCUCUGUGAGUUGGUGAUCUCUGGUUGUAAUUGUUUUCAGCAACAUAGUUUUGACUUCUGUUAAUAUACAACGUUCUAACGACGUGUGUGUAUAAAAUAUCGAACACAUACAAAAGGUAUGAUAUAUGUAUAUAUACAGAUUUCCAAUUUGUAACUACUUUUGUAACACGCUUUCUGUAUUUUCUUGAACAUUGUGGUAAAUAAAAGUGAAUAUUAUUAUUA